AAUUGCCCAGCUGGAUAUUUUGGCACCCUGUGUGACCUGGAUAUUAAUGAGUGUGAAGUUUCACCUUGCCUUCACGAGGCCGUCUGUAUCAACGAACCUGGAGGCUUCAAGUGUGUCUGUCGCCCUGGAAACGCAGGGACGUGGUGUGAACUGAGCGUAGACGAGUGUGUGUCGAACCCGUGCCAAAACGACGGGAGCUGUGUGGAUGGUCCCAAUCGAUACCAAUGCUUAUGUGCUGGAGGCUUCAUGGGUUUCCAUUGCGAGACCAACUUUGAUGAAUGCAUGUCGGGCCCCUGUCUUCACGGGAGGUGCAUUGAUGGAGUGGAUGUGUAUUACUGUCAGUGUGAAUUGGGAUGGACUGGUGCCAGAUGUGAAAUGAACAUUGAUGAGUGUAGUUCCAGUCCGUGUCUGAAUGGUGGCUCCUGUGUGGACUUGAUUGAUAAAUAUGCGUGUUUCUGCCUGGAUGGAUACACUGGAAAGAACUGUGACAUUGACAUAGACGUCUGUCUCGAAACCCCCACCAAUGUCACCCUGUGUUUAAAUGGAGGGACUUGUCUCGAUGGCCAAGGCUCCAAUUUCACCUGCAGUUGUCCAGCAGGUUUCAUAGGGGACUUCUGUGAGAUGGACGUUAAUGAAUGCUGUUCAGAUCCAUGUCUCCACGGGGCUAUCUGCCGAGACCUGCUUAACGGAUACCUCUGUCACUGCAGGGCAGGUUGGACAGGCCUUCACUGUGAGUUGGACAUUAAUGAGUGCCUUCCGCAGCCCUGCAACCAAGGGAUGUGCAUCCAGAACGAGCCUGGCUACGGCUACACCUGUUUCUGUCGUCCUGGAUUUGUGGGGAGGAACUGUGAGCACAAUUACGAUGACUGCCUGCUCCAGCCGUGUCCGGGAGGAUCCUCCUGUGUUGAUGGUAUCAACGAGGUCAGCUGUCAGCCAGUCGAGGGAGACAUGUCCUCUGUGCCCUGGGAGCCUUCUAUGACACAAAUCCCUCGGGGAUCCCUGCUCACCACGUCACCAAUGUCACCAGUGUCACCGUACAGUGAACAACCAACAGACUCCAGCUACGUCCAGUACUCUGGUAAUUCCUACUUGGAGUUUGAGGGCAUAGACCUUGGUGCCAACAACAACAUCACUGUGAGGUUUCAGACCCAGGAGGCCCAGGGGACCAUCCUGUACGUUGACCAAGGAGCAGUGACCAGGGGCUUCUUUUUCAUGAAACUCUUCAUCCAGGAGGGAAUGCUACAGUAUGUCUUCUCCUGUAACCGAGAGGAAGGGAUCAGAAGGAUCAAUACAUCCAUCCGUGUUGACGACGGCAAUCCAUACAUCGUCUACGUCAGACAACACCUGGCACCAUGCGAAGCGGAGGUGGUCGUGUCUGGGUAUGAGAGAGUCAGAAGCCAGCCCAGCAACUACUGGUCAGGACUCACCAUACAGAGAACGAGCCAUCUGUUUAUAGGGGGCUUGCCUCGUCGAUACCUGCCAUAUCAGGGAGCCCAACCCUUCUCCAACUACACCGGCUGCGUAGAAAUAAUUGAAAUUAAUAAGCUGCGGGGAUUCUACACAUCCAGUGCCGUUGCCGGCAGCAACGUAGACAACUGCAGGUCCCCACCAGGUACCCCAGAUGCCUUCACUAGAAGUCCAUAUGAUUGGACCACCAUAUCCACCACUCUCCGCCCCUGGCAACUGGCUCCUACCAGUCCCUGGCAACCGGCUCCCUCCAGUCCCUGGCAACCGGCUCCCUCCAGUCCCUGGCAACCAAGACCAGUUCCUACCAGUCCCUGGCAACCAAGACCAGUUCCUACCCGUCCCAGGCAACCAAGUCCAGUUCCUACCCGUCCCAGGCAACCAAGUCCAGUUCCUACCCGUCCCAGGCAACCAAGUCCAGUUCCUACCCGUCCCAGGCAACCAAGUCCAGUUCCUACCCGUCCCAGGCAACCAAGUCCAGUUCCUACCCGUCCCAGGCAACCAAGUCCAGUUCCUACCCGUCCCAGGCAACCAAGUCCAGUUCCUACCCGUCCCAGGCAACCAAGUCCAGUUCCUACCCGUCCCAGGCAACCAAGUCCAGUUCCUACCCGUCCCAGGCAACCAAGUCCAGUUCCUACCCGUCCCAGGCAACCAAGUCCAGUUCCUACCCGUCCCAGGCAACCAAGUCCAGUUCCUACCCGUCCCAGGCAACCAAGUCCAGUUCCUACCCGUCCCAGGCAACCAAGUCCAGUUCCUACCCGUCCCAGGCAACCAAGUCCAGUUCCUACCCGUCCCAGGCAACCAAGUCCAGUUCCUACCCGUCCCUGGCAACCAAGUCCAGUUCCUACCAGUCCUUGGCAACCAAGUCCAGUUCCUACCCGUCCCUGGCAACCAGCUCCCACACGUCCCUGGCAACCAGCGCCUACCCGGCACUGGCAAACAGCCACUACCCGCCCUCGGCCACCACUACCAGCUCUUACUCGUCCCUGGCAACCAGCUCCUACCCAUUCCCCACCACCAGCCCCUACCCAGCCACCAACAGCUCCCAUGCAGCCACCACCACCACCAGUCUGCCAUGCUGCCCUCUGUCUUAACGGUGGGACCUGCCAUGAGCUGCAGAGGCCCAGUGGAGCUCUGUCCUUCUACUGCGACUGCCCCCUACACUUCACUGGACGCUUCUGUGAGAAAGAUACCACAAUAUUCAUCCCCUCUUUCAACGGCACGUCGUACCUGGAGCUGCCUCCCCUUGGCUCUCUGCUGCAGGCUCCUGGUGCCAGCGCGGAUCCCUCUCACCCUGCCAAAGACACCACUGUUACCCUUUAUCUGACUGUCAAAACCAGAGCUACACAGGGCACCAUCCUCUACA